AAGAAAGAAAAAGAUGAUGUACAAAAUUCUUCUGUCGUGCGCUUUAUUGGUAGUAUCAGCAACAACUGUCUUGGGUUGUGACAGAGCUUGUACUUUCUCAAGUCAAAAUGGGGAUCAAUGCUUUUAUACUUGCACCAAUGCUUGUAACCAAUCACCAGCACAUCAUAAAAUGCAAUUUUUAAAUGCUUUGGCAAACAAAGGACAUCAGUGUCACCCUAAUGGUGCAGCCUCGUUAGCUUGCGAGAAAACUCCUUCUUUCGGUGUCUGCCCUUCUCAUUCCUGGAGUUGUGGCCGUGGGUGUUAAAACUGAACAGUUCCGUUUGCGUCACAAAUUUAAAACUAGACGUAUCGUUUUUUUUUUGAAAGCCUCAUUUAAAUAAAUAUUUUCUUCGUACAUAAGAAUUGUAUCGUUGGAUGAGGGAGCAUCUUGUAAUCCAGCACUUGGUCUUCUGAAGGGCUCAAAAGAUGUGUUUGUGAAACAGGGCAAAUCCCAAAAUUUGAUUGAAUGAUCAUUACUGCCCGAGAUCAAAUAAUUUCCAGACGU